CUCUUGUUUAUCCAACACUCCAGGGAACCUCGGGGAUAACUUCUAUCUUUUCUGAACCAAGCUCAAAACACGAGGCAAUCAUGGCUUCGAUACCAGUCAUUGUGAAACAUCAGGGCAAGCGUCAUGAGGUCGAGCUCGAUACUUCGUCGAACGGCGAAACUUUCAAGUACCAACUUUAUUCCCUUACCGGUGUCGAACCUGAGCGACAGAAGAUUCUGGUCAAAGGAGGCCAACUAAAAGAUGAAACCCCAUUGUCUUCCCUCAACGCCAAGCCCGGUCAGACAUUCAUGAUGAUGGGUACGCCCUCUGGAGGCCAGGGUGCUGCGGAUCUGGGUCGACCCAAAGAAGCAGUAAAAUUCCUAGAGGAUAUGACUGAAUCCGAGGCUGCAAGGGCACAAGGAGCUACACCUGCUGGUUUACAGAACCUCGGGAAUACUUGCUACCUCAACUCUACGCUGCAAACAUUGAGGGGUGUCCCUGAGCUCCAGAAAGCUCUUCAGCAAUACCGUCCUUCGGCGGAUUCUGCUGGAGGCUCCCGACUUGGAGACCUCAGUAGUUUCGGCUUAGGUGGUUUGGGUGCUUCCAUGGAUCUUACUGGAUCUUUGCGAGACUUGUUCAAGCAGAUGUCUGAGACGCAGGAAGGGUUUCCACCCCUGAUGUUCCUCAAUGCCCUCCGAAGCGUUUUCCCUCAGUUCGCUCAGAGAGAUAGAAACGGCCAUGGCUACGCUCAACAGGAUGCUGAGGAAGCUUUCUCGCAGAUUGUCACUCAGCUGAGACAUAAGUUGAUGAUCAAGGAGGGUGAAGGAGAUUCUACUACUGAGGUGUCUUUUGUGGACAAGUACCUCGGCGGUAGAUUUGAAUCCGUGACUGAAUGUGACGAUGCAGCAGCGAAGGCGGUUGGAGAGCAACCAACGGAAAGCUCUGAUGUCUUCUACAAGCUCGAUUGUCAUAUUGGUAAAGAAACAAACCAUCUACACGAUGGCAUAAUGGCAGGCCUUGAAGAGCAGAUUGAAAAGCGCUCUCCUAUACUGGACCGUGACGCUUUGUACACGAAGAAAUCGCGUAUCGCCCGGUUGCCCAAGUACUUGACUGUUCAUUUUGUUCGAUUUUUCUGGAAACGGGAGACCCAGAAGAAGGCUAAAAUCAUGCGUAAAGUGACGUUUCCUGCUGAGCUGGAUGUGGUCGAUUUCUGUACCGAGGAGCUCAAAAAACAAUUGGUCCCUAUCAGGGACAAGGUUCGAGAGAUCCGCAAAGAGGAACUCGAUGUGGAGCGAGCUCGAAAGCGUCAAAAACUUGACCAUCAGCGCGAGGAAGAAAAGCAGGAGGCCGAGUCUGGAUCAAUGGAGCCAAUGCAAAAGAAGAAGGCUGCCGAAGAGAACAAGGAAACUGGAAAAGCACCUGAAAAGGAUAAAGACACAGAAAUGACGGAUGCCUUUAAAACGGACGCUGAUUACGAGGCGGAAAGAAACGCUUCUAUUAGCGCCGCGAAAAAGGAGCUGUCCGAGCUUCUUAAUCAGAACCCUGGUUCGGACGCAGGAACGAAUAAGUCUGGUCUAUUCGAGCUGCGAGGUGUUAUUACACACCAAGGUGCUAGCGCCGACAGUGGUCACUACACGGCUUACGUGAAGAAGCAAAGCAAUGGCAACAAGGAGCAGGAAGAUGGAAAGUGGUGGUGGUUCAACGACGACAAGGUGUCUGAAGUGGAAGCAGAAAAGAUCGAGACUCUUGCUGGCGGUGGCGAGUCUCACUCCGCGCUCAUUCUGCUCUACCGUGCCGUUGACUUGCCCACUGCCGACUAAUCGAUUCAUUUGUUGAC